AUGUUAAAGGAAACUAAAAAGUUUAUUGGUAAAUCCCUUCAGCCAGCACGACCUGUGCAUCAUCUGUCUUCUAAACAAGAAAGGAUCAAAUACAGCAGAGAUUUCCUUCUGAAACUUUCCAGUGUUUCCCUCUCUCAGAAGAAGCCAGAGUUUCUUCCUGAUCAUCCAAUUGUUCUUGAAAAGCCAGAAAAGAGCAACCCUUCUAUUGACAUAUGCAAGAAGUGA